GUAUGGCAUCAGGCUGAAAAAAACAAAAAACAAAGAAGAAACAGCAGCGGGAGGAAUGAAGAGUCUGAUGCUUGUGAUCCAAACCAUGUAAACAGAGGAAAUGUUCUCCGGCUGUCUGCAAAAACCUGCUUUAGUUUAAUCGUGUUUUUUUCUAUUCUCCAGCUGUUACACUACGUGACAUCCAGUCAUGGCUCAGGAACCAGCAGCUGAGAUCCAGCUACUCAGAGGCCAAAAGGUCAAGCUGAUAGAAAUUCUAAGCGCAGAUGCCGACUUUGUCCUGCAGCAUGCGGACUCUCGCUGUCUGCUGUCUGUUCGCGGCUACCAGCAGGUGAAAGCUUGCCGUGUCCCUAGUGAGAAGGUGACAGAGCUGCUGGAUCACGUCAUCCAGAGAGGUCCUGAAGCAGCACGGGGUCUGCUGGUGCUGCUGAAGGACCAGGCCCUGCAGGAAACCUUCCCAAUGCUCAACACAGUCAACACACUUCUGUCUUCAGGAAAAAGUGAAACAUCAAGAAAGAGAAAAAGUGCUUCUGAUUUACAAGAGAUUAUUCCAGCCAAACAGAUCUGCAACAAAGGCUCUUGCUUGAUUAAUGAGAAGCAGCUGAUGACCGUGGCCCGUACCAUCGGCAAAUCUUGGAGGGAGAUUGGCAGGCUGGCUCUGGACAUCCCCUCUGUGAAGCUGGAACAGAUUGAAGAGGACCAUUCGCAGCAUGUGGAGCGAGUGUUUGCCAUGCUGCACUACUGGAGCACCCGCCAGAGGCGAAAAGCCACUGCUGCUCACCUGCACUCGCUGCUCAGUCAGGAAGACUGGGCGCUGCCACCCGAGAGCAUCGACUUUCUGUUGGAGACUGACUGAGGCCUUCACUGUCUGGUGCUCACUGAGACCGAAACCCUGUUUUUACUUAGAAUGAGUGUGUUUCACAUGAUAUUGACUCUCAUACAUCAGACCGCCUUGACUUUUUGCAAAGUACCCGUAUGUGCCGCUCUGAUGUAUUACAUAUCAGGAAAAAACAACACUUAAAGACUUUAGUACUUUAUGGAAUUACCCCACAGUGCCACUUAGUACCACCGAGGCCUUUUGUUCAAGGUUCUUCAUAUACAGUAUGUUUACAAUCCAUCUAUAAAUUUGUCAUCCUGAUUGUCCAUACUGUGAUUUUACUUGGUCUAUUCUGUACACAUGACAUCUAUUGCAGGUCUCACCGUCCAGGUUUUACAGUUACCGGGUGGGGGGGGGGGGGGGGGGGGGGCUGUCCUUAUCCGAACCGCGGGUCUAAAGAUAGAGGGUGUCGUAUGCUGUACAGAUUAUAAAGUCCCUUGAGAUAUUGGGCUACGGUCAAUGAUCAAUUUAUAAUACUUUUACAAUAAUAUACAAAACUGUGUAUUGUUUUAUUAAAUUUCUUUGAAAGAGG